AUGGCGGUCAGCUCCUACAAUCUCGGGUACGUGGUCUAUAUUCAACUGACUGCGGAAGUUGCCGCCAGCAUUUCCCUCGUAUCAUAUGCGAGGGUAUUCUCCACAUUUGGCGAAAUCCGAUCGCUGAAUGUUCAACGAUGCAGAGUGGACGGCACCGUGGAAGUUCAGUUCUUUGAAGAGACCGCUGCCCGAGCACUCUGCCACCACAUCGAAAGCCAUCGAGGUCUCCAUGGCUUGAAGAGCGAAGAAAGCGUUGACGCCGAGUCGGCCUUUCUUUUUGGCUCUGCUGUUUCAGUUCCUGUGCGUGCAGCUCCCGCUGGAGCUGACAGAAGACUUUCUGCACCAGAUGCGUUUAAUGUGGACGACGCGUGUCUUACUAGCGGUCAGGAAACCAGGAGCUCCGUCAUUGUGGGCCAAGUUCCCAAGGAUUGCAGUGCCAUCACUUUCCUUGAGCAGCUUCAGCUCCACAAUAUCUUGGACCACAUCAACUUUUUCUACAUGCCAGUGGACAAGGCUAAGAGGCGCUCUUGCGGAUAUGUCUUCCUUGACUUCCGGCAUCCCUCGGACGUGCUCAGGUUCAAGAGCAAGUUGAAGAAAAUCGGAAUGGGCAUUGGAGCCGCGAAGAGUGGUCGGAAACUGCAUGUGCAUUUUGCACAUAUGCAGGGGUGGAAGGAGCUGCUGGAGCGGUACAGCGAACCCGAGUAUCUGUUUCAUCCAGACGCUAAUGAACGCCCACAGCUCUUCUUCCGCCGUCGGAUUAGGGCGACGGAGCCCAGCUUUGAAGAUCUUCUGCCGUCGGGGCCAGGGUCACAGUGCUGGUGGGUUCCUCCAGUGCCUCUAGGCAGCCCGUCAAGUUCCUGGGCCCAAAGUGCUCCGGACUGA